AUGGUGCUUCACCGGGCCAUCCAGGCGGCACGAGCCGGAGAUCUUGUACUUCUGAGGGAGCUUGCAUCUUCCAGUCACCUCUCUCCAGCCAUAACUGAUGCUCAGGGUGCAGGCCCAGUGCACCACGCUGCAAGAUGUGGACGUCUAGAGUGCCUGCAGUUCCUGGUGGGUGAACUGGGACUGGCAGCUGACAUCCGGGCCUCGAACAGGGCCACACCAGCACAUGAUGCAGCAGCUACCGGCAACAUCCGGGAGCUGCAGUGGCUGGUAGAACAAGGAGGCAACAAUAUAGAGGUAAGUUUAUCCACAAUGAACGGUCUUUAUAACAUACACUUGGAGCUCAGCUGCAUUGGAGAGAUGCCAUAUCUCCAGCUUGUAAUUCGUACCCGCUCCGUUGUGUGGAGUCUAAAUUAAGGCGAUGGCUUUUGAUGGCCAUCUCACUGAUCCCAGAGUGAGGUUACAUCACUACAGUUGUGAAAAGUACAGCACAAUACCUUUUCAGAAGUAUUACCAGCUGAUUACAUCAUACGGUGUUGACUUACUAAGCACCUAUUAGCAUUAUGUAGCAAGGGUAAUUAUGUCCACAUGCAUUAGAGGAACUCCCGGACAUGGAUGUAUGGAGUCUAACUUACCUCAAAGCCCCUGUUAAGCAUUUAUUAUAAGUACGAAAUGGAUUGAAACCAACAGUGAGGCCUUUAUAUGAGCAAAAAUAUUAAAAGUUUAUCAGUGGCAAUACAGGCAAUUUGUAAGUUGUAAUUUUUAAUGCCAUAGCCACCGUUAGGGGGUAGGCGUCAGACAAACUUUACAGCGCUGUGAGGAAAUGUCCUCUUUUUUCUUUUUCUGUGCAAAGUGAGUGAGUAGUAUUACUGUUAGAAGACUUUAACGUGUACAGGAAGAAACCAGCAUUGAUAGUGGAGCUGCCAAUUAAACUGAAAAGUUUGUCACAGGAGCUUUAAUUUGUGUUUGUGGACAUGUUUUAAUCACAAAGGAUAUGUUAAAACACCAAAACUUGAAAGAGGACUUGAACUUGCUUUACAACCCUGCUGGUGAUUGUGUGGAGAACACAAUGUUGAUCACAUCCAUGUUUUCUGACAUAGAGAAUAACAGAGUAUGCCUGGGGCAGAAUUAAAACAUUUUGAGGGUAUGAAAUCCCUAAGACUUAAGAGGUGUUUUGAUGGAGAAAUCUUACACAGGAACGCAUGCAUAGCAUAGACAUACCUGGUGGAUAUACCUUUAGCAGUGUUGCAAAAGGCUAUCACAAGAAAAUUGUGUUAGUAAAAAUUUGAAGGUUUUAAAAAGUUACUCUAUAUGGAGGCAUUUACAAAUGCUUUAAGGCCACAACAGUCUUCAAGCUAGUGGGACCAGAGAAUGUAGACUGAUCUGAUGACCCCUGACAAAGCUUGAGGGGAACAGGAACUUAAAAAAAAAAAAGUGUAUUAGAGUGUCAUGCAUUUGAAAAGUCCCCAGCCUGCAUGGACUUUCAAAACACUAAGGGAAAAAAAUUAGAUUGAAAGCAGAAGGAGAAAGAGAACCAAUAAAUGUAUCACCACGCAUUAAUGAUGAUACCUCAAUCAGGACCACUUUGUUCAAAAUUAAUUAUUAUACUGUGAGCAAUUGUUAAAUGUGGCAGUAUGGCUCUGUUCUGACAGUUCCCUGCCCUUCCAUGCACUUGCAUUAGAGGGGAGAGUCCCUCCCUUCCAUGUGCAUACGUAAAAAGCCAAGUCAGGAAAAGCAGCAGCAAAAGAAAUUAAAAUCUCCCAAAACAACCAUACCAGGCAACCCUCCCUAGCUUUCAUGUGUUACAUGAAAGCACCAACAGGGCGGGUGAGCAGCAGACAAGCAUUAAAUGUCUGUAAAGCAACCUAUCCAUCCCCAUAAGCCAGUUUAAUAACAUCAGCAAAAGAGGUCAAAGUGUAGCAUAAAUGGGAAUCCAAGGAGACUAAUAUUGCAUGUUGCAGGAUUUAUUUAGACUAUACAAAUAUUUUAUUGUAGGUAUCAUGGCAAAAAAAAUGUUUAUUGGAUACAAGGCAGAAUUAUUACACAGCCGGCAUUAUACAGAGCACUCAUAGCUAUUUGAGCAUUAAGGAUGGCUUGAGCCUCAGGCCUGAGGUAACAUCUGUAGGCUGAUGGUGACCACUGACCCAUAGCCUUAAGCAUUAAGACUGGGAUGAUAGAAGAUCUGGUCGUAGCUGCAACUAUACAUAGGGAAUGAACAGAGUAGCACUCCAGUGGGAUCCACCAAAGCGGAUCGAGUGGAGACAAGGGUAGAGGCAAACUUGCCAAAUGGCUGCCGCAUCAUACUGCUCCCACUGCAUGCUGUAGACCAUUUCUUGUCUGUGCUGAGUGUCUGUUCCCUGUGACGGGUGGUAGCCCCACUAAGUGUGUCACCUGCAUACAUUCUAAGGCACCAGCAUGCUUUAAAGGCGCUUUGGUGCAUUGAGAAGGGGUUUAGUGAAGAUUGACAUGGGCGGUGGUGUGCAGUCUCUGCGGUCACAUCACCCCUCCCACAAAGGUAGUGGUGAAAGCUUUGACAAGCAAAUGCAAUGCUCAGGCACUCUACGACCUGCGUGUACGGUUGCUCUGUCUGGUACAGUGCGCAGGAGGCGAAUAACCGAUUGUCCCCUUUGAAGCUGGCAGCAGUCCAAACCAGACUGACUGGAGUUGCUCUCGAACUGGAACCACUGUGACCAGCGUUUUGAUUUUUUUCAUAGCAGUAUCAUGUUUUGGCAACCAGCGCUGUGGUACCUUUGUCCAGCAAAAUGGACAAAGUUUGCAACAAGUGGGGCAUUAACCUUGACAAAUAGUUAACCAAGCCAACACACCGUUAGACGUCUUUUGCAUCUGUGGCAUGUCCAGGGCUGCCCUGACCUUCUCUGUGUCAGCCUUGAGGCCCUCUGCUGACAGUAUGUGGCCGUGGAAGCAGACUUCACAUACUCGAAACUGCAGCUUUUUUAUGCUCAGCCUAAGCUUUACUUCCUUGCAUCUGUCCAUAAGAGCCAUUAGGUUUGUGUCAUGGUUAUGAACAGCCUCCUCCUUCUUGUCCCUACAGCCAACUAUGAGGAUGUCAUCUGCUUUUGGUUAAAUCCCUUUCAAACUGGCCAGCAGCUCAUGUUGUUUCCUCUGGUAUAGCUGUACCAGAGGAAACCAGUGCAACUGAUACACCAAAAGGGAGCUUCAGCCAUUACUUUUCUACUCCCUCAACCCUAACCUGCCUCCAGAAUGCUGUCAUCAGACUGGUCUCCUCAUCCAGGCAACACUGCAGGAAUGCAUCAUGCCCAUAUCUAAAUUGGGCAGAAAUAAUAAGACCUUUCCAGUGCAUGGUUAAGGGGCUUAACCACUCAUCGCUGUGAAGCCAGAAUUUUUCAGGCUUCUUCACUAUGACCAGCAUGCUAAUCCAGUCUGUAGGCUAAGUGGUUAUGUUUAAGUGUCCAUCCUUUAAACGUUGGUCCAGCUGUACCUUAACAGCCGCCUCACGGACUGCUAAGACAUUCCUUGGUGCGCACAAGUGCGACUCAACUGGGCUGGUGAACACGUCAUUGUAAGUGUUAAUGAGACAGUCUCUGGUUAGCUCACCUGUCUUGUAGUGCUCCACUUUGUUCCGCUCUUCAGGAAUGGUGAAACUAUUCAGACCAAGUCUCUUGCAUGUCUCCCUGAAAGCAAGGGUAUCUGGCUGGUAUGUACAAUCCCAAAAUCCAGUCUGUUUGUCUUGCUCUUCAUGACUCACUGUAGGCUGUACACGCCCAUUGAGCUCAUCCACACACUGUUGUAAAACCUCAAUCUGGUGAGACUUUUUUGAAGAGGCGUUCUUGGCACCAGGGGCUGUGUCUCUUGGUCACGAGCCCCCCUUUGCUAAUGAUAUGAACCGUUGUUUCAUUGUCACAGAAAACAGGAUCUGUUUCCUGGACCAGAAAUUUACCCCACAGGAGACAAGGUAUGACAAUGGGAUACUGUUGGGUGAAGCAAUGAAAGGACUUUUGUUUUUGGCAGAGAAGACAGUUCCCUUUCAGUCAAUUCACUCGGUACAACACAUAUUGUAUGGGAUAUCACGCCCUCCUGUGGCCUGACUGAAGACACCCUUAUUCACGCCCUUAAGGCAGGUGAUCUGUGGUGACAUCUAGGAGGCUCCACCUGCACAUAUAUAUGUGUAACACCACAGUCACCCUUCAGUUCUUACGUUCUUCACCUCGCUGAGAACACCUCCACUGAGUCGGGCUAACUAGCUGCUGCUGGCUUAGCCUGGUCUUGUCUCUGGCUACUGCCUGAUCGAUUUUAGCUUAACCGCCCCUGUUGGUGUUAGCCUACGGCUACCCGCGGAGCGCUAAUUUCGUUCAGCUUCUGCAUCUUGUUAUGAGCGCUGAGCCUAAGAAAGUGAAGGCAAAGUCUUCUGUUCACCCCUGUCCUCAGGGGUGCGGCUUCUCCCUUCACAAGAAAGAUCUUCAUGAGGCUUGUCCUGUUUGCCUGGGGAUUGUCCACGCCAGGAGGGCACUGACUGAGCCCGAGUCAUGUGAAUCCUGUCACCGGUUUCGGAGCUCAACCCUGGAAAGGCGGGUCAAGUUUGUGGAGAGAAUAUUACGAAAGACUGCUAUUGCGCUGCACGAUCCCCUCCUCUCCAGGGAGCCGGCUUCGUUCGAGUCCGGUGGUCAGGACUUUCUGGUCGAAGGCUCAGUUAGAAACUGGGCAGACCAUAUGGAGUGUGCUGAUGGUCAGCUGGAUUUGAGCUGGUCCCCUCCGAGGGCGCUGGCCAGCCGCUAUCCGGGCUAGCCUGUUACCAGGAGGAUGAUGACAUGCUUGACAUCGGUCUGGACGUGCAGGGUUUUUUGGAGGAUGAGCAGGAGCCGUUGUCUUCGGGUCAGUACGCCACCGCUGCUGAGCCGGUUGAUCUGGACGAGACAUCCUUCCUCUCACUGUACCGCCGUGCAGCUGUGAAACUGGAAGUAGAAUGGCCCUGUCCUCCACCGGCUCAAAAACCGUCGCGGUUCUCAGGGUUUUUUCUCUCACCCGAACCGACGACUGUUAAGAACAGUUUGCCCAUGUUCCCAGAUUUUGCCCAGAACUAACCUCGACAUGGAACAAGCGCCACUGUCCACCUGCACUGCAGUGCCCGGUUGUGGACAGUUUAUGGAACUGGAUGGAGCUGAAAAAGCUAGUUUGGUGAACCCUCCGCCUAUGGAGGAGUCCCUGGCAGCUUAUCUGGCCUCGGCCCAGAAUCAUGGUGUUGAUGGCCCUAUCACGCUCCCAUCCAAGCACUGCAGGUUUUCAGUGUCACAGCUGGAUAACAUUUACAGGACACAGGCAAGUACGGCUCAAGCACUGAGCUCAAUGAAGUUAGAGUUGCCACAGAUUACAUUUUCCGUGUGUCCCGCUGUGCAGCGCUUUCUCUAGGUAGAGGCAUGGCUUCCACGGUGGUGGCACAGAGGCACCUGUGGCUGACUCUCUCCGAUGUUACGGAGAGGGACAGAGCAGUUUAUCUUGACGAGCCCGUGUCAGCCAGCGGUUUGUUUGGGCAGUCCCUCGACGCCAUUCAGGCAGAGUUUGAGCUGAGGAAGAAACAAACUGAAGCUUUGAGCAGCAUCAUCCCCAGGCGUGAUGCGAGGCCCAAACAGCAAUGUUAUCUGCACAAACCGGCACCGGCGCCUCCUUACAAGAGGACUGUGGCGUCCGCUAGUUCAGGGCCCCAGCCGGUGAAGCAGCAUGUACCCAGUCAGAACCCAUGCCCCUCGGCUUGGAACAAGGGUCCACCACCGGGCUUCCAGAGGGGCUCAGCGCCCAGGAAAAAGACACAGCAGUCAUCCUAGCAAGGUGGUGUCCACAGACGCAUCCCUGAGGGGUCGGGGGGCUCUGUGCGAGGACGCAGCAGAGAGAGGGGUGUGGACGCCAGCACAAUGCAAGCUCCACAUCAAUUACCUGGAGCUAUAAGCUAUCCUAUUAGCUCUGAGGCAUUUUCGUCCUGUUCUGACAGGCCAUCAUGUUCUGAUCAGGACGGAAAACACAACCAUGGUUUCCUACAUAAACAAGCAGGGAGGGACACGCUCUCUUCCCCUGUUAAAACUUACUCACUCUCUGUUGCUAUUGUGCAGUGCUCAUUUUCUGUCACUCAGAGCCACACAUAUUCCGUGUCACAUAAACCUUGGGCCGAACCUUCUCUCCAGGGGGGGUCCUCUUGUGAGAGAGUAGAGAUUGCAUGUCAGGACCAAAAUGUACUCCCAUUUCAAAGUUCUAUUGUGGAUGUUUUAACAUUCCUUCAGGAGCGGCUGGAUAGGGGUCUCUCUUUCUCAACAAUUAAGGUCUAUUUGGCAGCUAUAUCUGCAUGCCAUGUUGGCUUUGAUGGUGUGACGCCAGGUGCUCACCCUCUUGCUAUGCGCUUCCUAAAGAGAGUCCUCAGGCUGAGACCUGUGCUUAAACCCAGUGUUCCCUCAUGGGAUUUAGUGCUGGUGCUUGAGGCUCUUGGUGGACCCAUAUUUGAGCCUGUUGAGUCAGAAGACAUGAAAUUUCUUUCAUACAAAACUGCACUGCUACUUGCUUUGGCGUCUGCAAAGCAAGUGGGUGACCUUCAUGCUUUGUCUGUGCAUCCCUCUUGUACCCAGUUCACUCUGGAUGGAUCUAAGGCUACAUUGCGCCCAAACGCAGCGUAUUUGCCCAAGAUUAUCCCCAUAGCCUAUAGCUCUAUGAGUUUUGAACUACUGAGCUUCUGCCGUCCUCCAUUUGCAUCUGAAGAGCAGAGGAGGUUGCAUUCCUUGUGCCCUGUGCGUGCACUACGCACUUACAUAGACCGCACUCAGAGUGUGCGUUUAUGUGGCCAGUUGUUUGUUUGUUUUGCUAAUCCAGCCAAAGGCAAGGCACUGUCUAAACAGCGGCUUUCCCACUGCAUUGUGGAGGCUAUCUCCUUAGCAUACGGCAGCAGGGGUCUUCCGUUGCCCCAAGGUGUGAGGGCACAUUCAACCAGGGGAAUGGCAGCCUCAUAGGCCUUGUUUAAAGGGGUUUCUGUGAGUGAUAUCUGCACUGCAGCCAGUUGAUCAUCACUGCACAUUUUGUUCGGUUUUAUCGUUUGGAUGGGACAGCUCCUUCAGUGGCUCACUCUGUCCUCUCUGCUGGGUCUACAAUGCACUAAAGUUUUGAAGGUUUGACUUCGGUUCGGUGGCUGCUCUGUGGGGCGUGUAUAUAUGUCCCAUACUAUAUGUGUUGUACCAAGUGAAUCGACUGAAAGGGAACGAAAUGUGAAUAUAACUUCUGUUCCCUGAAGGAGAGGAAUGAGGUACAACACUGGGUUGCCAUACUGCGCAGCUAGGCUCAGUGAAGAGCGGCUAUCGAACUGAAGGAUGACUGUGGUGUUACACGUAUAUAUGUGCAGGCGGAGCCUCCCAGACGUCACCACAGAUCAUCUGCCUUAAAGGCGUGAAUAAAGGUGUCUUUAGUCAGGCCACGCGAGGGCGUGAUAUCCCAUACUAUAUGUGUUGUACCUCGUUCCUCUCCUUCAGGGAACAGAAGUUAUAUUCAUAACAUUUCGUUCUGUUGACCAAACAUCAGUAAACCAAUGAUUAUUUUAAAAAAAACAAUGCCUGUAAAUAACCUAAUAGCAGAAGAAGAUUCCUGAUUGUCAUUAUAAAGGAAAGAGAUGCCAUUCCAUUUGUCACACAGAGCAGAACAAAACUGCAGUUUGGAUCUGCAACCCUCAUCUAAGUUUACCAUAUCAUGGAGUUUCUCUACUGAUUUGACAAGAUAAAAAAGUCUAUAUCCAAAAGACCAUCCCUGAAGCAUGACCGUGCUCACUUAGCAUCUUUGUCAUUGUAUUUAGCAGUGUUUCAGACCCCCAUAGUGACUUUUUUCAAAAAAGAGACAAACAACACAUCUAAUGAUUUUUCUGGAGUUUGUAGACUCUGACAUGAAAGCAAGUAUUGAUCUAACUCUUCUCGAUACUUAACAUUCUAAAUAUGCCAAAAACUACACUGAAUUCAGCCAAGGUUAGAGAUUUAGACAGCCGGACAGGGUCAUAUCAGACAAUGGGCCCCAGUUUGACUGUGCUCAAUUUUGCCAGUUUUGGAAAAAAAAAUCAUCAGACAAAAGGUGGUUGGAGCAAACCUUGAUUAUACAGAUUAAUCAUAACUGAGCAGGCAGAGUCCUUUCCAAAAUUAAAUACAACAGAAAAUCUUUUGUUCAAUAUCUGACUGGAGAGCCAAAUAUCUGCAGAGGAAGCCUUCAUAAUACUGGCUGCAGCUCUUGAAGAUAGAUGAACUGGUUGAUGAAUGAGGUCCAUUGUCUUUAAAACUAAAAAUCUUUAUUAAGCUGAAUUAGGAAAAGACUAACUGUUUAUUAUUUAUUCUUUUAUUUAUUUAGCAGUGAAGACAAAAAAAUCCCUGCGAGGCGUCAGGUGAAGUGAUUAACCAUGAACUGCCUCCAUCUUCCCACAGUCCCACAGCUAAAAUCCUCAGUGAGAGAUACAUUGUGAAGGUUCUCAUUAGAAAGAACAACUUCAACUUGACAAAAUCGGUUGAGAGACAUGAGGUAGAAGUUUGACCCCAGGGGUGCCAAAAUCAAUUAUAACCAACGUUUCUUACUGGAGCUUUAAUUCAGCCACACUGGAUUAUCACUGGGUGCAGCCUGAUUUUAGAGUUAUGGUCUUAUUUUUUUAUUUCUGCUUUUUUUUCAAUUUUCUCAGUAUAUUGUCUGUAUUUGUUGAUACCACAACACCAAAAUGAAAAAUGAAGGUGCUCCCCUGGUUUUUUUCCUGGGGUUUGAAUGAAUAUAUAUAUAGGACAGCUGGGGCUUUGUGCACCCCAGACUCUGUUGAACCCUGAUCCUGUUUGAAUGUUUACAGGAUAAGGACGCUUCUGGUGCAACAGCGCUGCACCUGGCAGCCCGGUUUGGUUGUGUUGGGGUUGUUGAAUGGCUGCUUUCUGUUGGAGGAGAGGCAGAGGUGGAGACUAACUGUGGAGCUGUACCUGCUCACUAUGCUGCAGCAUAUGGGGACCUCACCUGUUUGAAACUGCUGGUUCAACGUGCACCUAGGUGAGUUCACAGCCAUGGCAUGUUGGUCUUUGUUGCUCAAAAAGCCAUUUAAUGGAGACUGUUUACUGCAGAGACGCUGGAUAAAUCACUCACCGAACCCCUAACCCCCUAACCCUAACCCCCACAAAACACAUGAGAUGAGUGACACAUCAUAAUUUUGAUACACUAGUGAAAAUGUUGAUCAUGAACAUGAUUGUAUAGGAAUGAAGUUUAAAAACAAUUAUUUAAACAUUACACUUAUAAACUUCAAGAAAAAGUAACACAACUGAAGCACACAGCAAACUGCCCCGACUGUACAACCUGCAAAAUCCAUAAAAUGGUCCUUUAAUUUGCCAUCGCUUGACUUUAAUUUCCACCUUAAUGUAUAACUUUUGGCCAACAUGAUUUAAAAUGAUUUGGGGCUGUUAGAUGAAUUGUUAUUGUUAAAAACAUUGCAAAACGUACAGUUAUUUCAAAUCAUUAUCACAAUUUUGCUUUUCAGACUCCUUGUAAUAUAAAAAAAAACUUGUAUGAACAUACUCAUUAUUUAUGAUAAUAAGAACGUUGCCAUUGGACACCCUCAGCAGUCCAGUGAGUCAGAUUUUUUUUUCUGAAUUUCGUUUUUCUCUCUAGUUUUCUUUUUUAAAGUUCUUUGUCUUUGUUUUGAAUAGAGAUUAAUGUUAAAGGUGGUUUAGACAAAAGCAAAGUUUAACUUUCACUGCUGUCCUACUUUUUCAUUAUAUGAACAGUGUUAAAAAGAUGAAGAUUGUGCGAAAGGGCAAUAAAACAUGUCAGGCAGAGAUACAAAAGGAAUGAAGUAAAAGAAAAAUUAAGGUUUGUUCAAAAAUGACAAUCCCACAGACUCUCUAGUCGGUCAUUGUCACAAAAUCUCUUAUUUUGAUCCACUUAAUCCAGACUUCAAGAAACACACCUUUCUUAAUACACAAACAUAAGUGAACCUUGCAAUAACAUAAUAUUUUAAAACAACUACUUAUUGUUGUUAUGUUUUUGUGUUAUUAUGUACAGCACUUUGUGUGAGCUUUGGUUGUAUUUAAAGUGCUCUAUAAAUAAAGUUAUUGAUUUCUUUACAAGCAGAAAUCAAAAUGCUUAACAUGGAUUUAUUAGUACCCUUGUCUGACAGUGUAUAUUUAUUAAGAAAUAUGUGGUAAACUGCUGGGACAGGCCUACUGUAUAUCUAAUAUACUGAAUAAUAUUAAAACUCGAUGUGCCACAUUCGUUUUUUGUGUAUUUAAAAGAAAAAAAAAAACACCAGAGAUGAUGCAAGGUCUUUUUUGGCAUGGCUCAUAAAUAAAAUUAAUGAUUUAUGGCAUUUGGCUUCAGCUGGAGAGAGGAGAGCAUGUGAAAUGUUAACCCCCUCCCAUGAAUCCCAUCUGUCUCCUGUCUCCUAAACCUGAGACAGCAGCACUUAGUAAGAAAGUACCUGAUUAAAAUGGGCGGUUCUUCCUGCUUCCUCUCCUUGUUACAGAACAGUAUGACUGUAAUGUGUAUGACACAUGGACCAUCACAUGUGACCACCACUAACCUGUAAAUAAUACAUGAGGUGACACUGUCACUCACAUGUCAGCCAUGUGGUUUGUUUAAGAGUAGUAUUCCUGCUUAUGCAAAUAUAACCCGGAGGUAUCAAGGACUAAGAACCAACAAAGUUUAAUUUAUUAAACUAAUUUUAUAUACCCAGUUAUGUAUCCUAACCCAUUGUCAUACUUAUAAAUGCAUGCAUGAUACAAAACAUUUUGUAUCUGCUUAUAGAAGAUGCUCCUCAGUCAGCAAAAAACCUGACAAGUAAAUGCAUUUCUAACAGUGAAAAAGGCUCUUAAACAACAGUGUCUAUGAUGUAGUUGCUCUUAGUUAUUUAUGUUUAAAGCUGAGAUCUGAGAUUUUAUUUGGUUGCAAAAUUUUCUCCUGAAACUUUUUACACUUAGACAUUUUAACUUUACAGACAAGUUUCAAAUGUUCAGCAGUGUAUUUGUAGUGUUAUGGUACUCUUUCUUGUCAUGUAUACUGACAGUAUAACUGCAUUUUAGUGUAUUACCUUAUGUUACAAAAUAUCUGUUAUAAUAUGGUUUUUGAUGAUUGUUUCAUGCUUAAUGUUUAAUUUAUUUCUUCAUCUCUGUGUGUUUCUAUUACUGAAGAGAUGCACUGAAGCCCCUUGUUGCUGUUGCAGAGGUCUAUCUUUUGUAAGCCAUUUAGACUCAUCUUGUUUUACCUGUUAAUAAUUUUAAACUUUAACUGUUACUCGAGGCUCAAAGACCCCAAUGACCCCAAAACCAUUUUAUCCACAUGUUGUGCAUAAUGGGAGCUCAAAGAAUUACUUAAACUGUCUGCUAAUUAUCAAAAAUGAGGCAUAUGCACAUAUUGAAUCAAAUACAAUUCAAAAUAGUAUGUUGCUUUAGGCAGGAUUUUUUGACAUGAGCUCUGAUACUGACUCUGUGAUUUUAAAUAUUUGAUAGCUGGUAUUCAUACCAGGUGCUGUAUGUAUGUUGUUUGAUUGCAGGUGUGUGAACCGUCAGACCAGCCUUGGUGCUACCCCGCUAUAUCUGGCCUGCCAGGAGGGACACCUUCAUGUUGUGGAGUACCUUGUGAAAGACUGCAGGGCUGAUGUCCAGCUGAGGGCCCACGAUGGCAUGACCUGCCUGCAUGCAGCUGCACACAUGGGCCACAAAGUUGUGGUGGAGUGGCUGGUGAGUACGUAGAGAAGCACAACAUAGAGUUUCCUUGAUGUGGUUGUGUUUUCUUAUCACAUCUUUGAUUCUUUUCCUUAUCACUGAACAGGCAACAUGCUCUGAUGUCAGCCUGUCCUGCCAGGACAGAGAGGGAGCAACUGCUCUGCACUUUGCUGCCAGCAGAGGGCACUAUUGUAUCUUGGAGAUGCUGUUCCACAUGGGUUCAAAGGUCAUGAAGGAUUAUUGGGGAGGGACCCCUCUUCAUGAUGCUGCAGAGAAUGGAGAGCUGGAGGUUAGAUUGAAUUUUGUCUCAUUUUGCUUGUGUUGGUUGUGUUCAAUUAAACUAUCUACAAAGAUGCAUUUUCUACUCUGUUUAUUGUUGUCUUUAUCUUGUUCCUUCUCUCAGUGCUGUAAAAUCCUGUUGGCUAAUAAAGCAAACCCCUCAGACCAGGAUGUUGAUGGGUUUACAGCAGCAGAUUUAGCAGCCUACAAUGGACAUCACGAAUGUGCCAGAUAUCUCUGUACCAUGGAGAACAACGUGAGCUCUCUCUUACUAACAUUUUAUCUUGUUUUGCAAACGUUUCCUUGUUUUUAAUCUCUCUUUGUGUCAGCACUGCCCAGCUGUUUACUCUGGCUUGGAAAUCAAAGCUAAUUUAGGGAGUAUGGUCAGCAGCACACAUCUGGAAGGUCUUGAAACCUUGCUGAGUCAUAUCUUAAUUUGUGACAUGUAUUUCAUGCAGGUCAGGCUUGUUCUUCUCCAGCCCUGUUGUCCUCCACUCAGCUGUGGAUUGUUGUGCUCUCAGUUUAAGAGGUCUUAGGAAGUGGAGGAUGAUGGCUUUUGUGUUUUAAUAGGGCAUUACAGGGGAUGAUGCAGUGCGUGCUGGAGGAGAUUGUGGUUCUCAAAUUGCUGCCGUGGACUCUCUGAGAUGAGCUCUUUUGUUUUGUUCAGACAGUUGGUGCUACUUAAUGUGAUUGAUGAAUAUUUCAGUGUCAACACCUAUGUUUGUGCUGGUGUUGCAUUUACAAGUCAGGGGUCAGUGAGGUUGAAGCUGGCCAGCAGAUAACUCCAAUUAAUUUUGACUUGGCUGUGUAUGUUAUGUACAGAUGAGAUGAGAUGUGUUUGUUUGUUAAGUUUUGACCUUUUGCUCGAUUUAGUUAACUAGUGCCUUGAAAUAGUAGCGUGUUUACCCUGUUCACUAGAGGAGAAUGUGUCAUACUUUAUUACUCAACUUGACAGCAAGACUUAUGAUUUUAUGAUUUUAAUACUGUUAGUUUUAAUGUCUGAAAUUGGUGCGAGUGCGUAAGUGUGAGUUGAGCUGCUGAGGAAAAAAAAAACAUUUUCACAUUAAUCAUAUUAAAUAUUCACAAAAAUGAUACACUUCACUAGUUAAGGUCAGGAGGAUGACUUUUUUAGGAGACUCUUGUACCUGUACCUCUACAUGUACAGGACCAGAAAAGCAAAGACUGCUUUGUCCACGGGGUGCAAAUAAAUUGACAUGGACUCAAAGUUCAAGGAAAAGUUCAAAAGUUCAAGUUCAAGUUGUAUGAUGUAAGUUGGACCACAGCUAGUACAACACAGUUUGGUAAACAUUAUUCAUGUAUGGAUAACCUGAAAAUAAUCUGGAGGAAAAAAGACAUCAUCUAGAUUUCCAAACUUUAUUUUUUUCAGAGUUGACUUUUACUCUCAGAAGUUCCACUUUUUUGUUGAUUCUCAUGUCUAUAAAAUCUCAGAAUUCAGAGCCUAAUCCUAGGGUUACAAGCUGUCUUUUCUCUGAGCUCUAAGAAUAAAAUCUGAAGUUAGAGUCAAAAGUCAAAAUCUCGUAAUUUUAACUUUAAUUUUGCAAUUCUAGGAUUUCACACCUGAAAAACAUCUUAAAACGCACACGUUCAAACUCAAGUUUAAAGAGAAUUAAAAGAAAUGUGAGAAAAUAAUUUGAAUUUUGACUUUGAUCCCAAACUUUUGACCUUAAAAAAUUCCCCUCAUGCUUUUCAGUUCAACUUUUUUCUCCUUUUGGAUAACUUGAUAAUGAUUAAGUUCAGAGGAUUACAGGUGAUACUGACACUGAAAUCUGAGCUUGUGGAGCUAUAUAGGAAAAAAAAUACUGCUGACUGGAGGAGCCUAUGCAGACUGCUCUGUCGGCAGACUUGUUAACCUUUAAGUCCACAUGCAGCCUGUCGUUUUUCUCUCUUUCACACUUCACUCACCACCUAUGGCGCAGACUACACAGUGAUGUGCAGAGAGUAAGGACAGCUGUCAGCCAAUAGAAGCCAUGAAUAAGUCAGCAGAGAAGAGCAGCACUCAUACAUGAAGAGGAGGAUGAUAGGGAGCCGCUGAGGCGUUGCUGCAGAGCUCUCCCUUCAGAAAUAAUCCUCCCUAUGAACAAUAGAGAGCUAAUUAGCGCCCUGAUGGCUGCGACGUCCUACGCAGCCGGAGCCCGCGCCAGCUCAGGGCCUAUCAGUUACCCCUCUCCUGCGGCUCAGGUGGAGAGCCCGGGGGCUGAGUUCGUUAUGAGAUCCACAAGCUUAAGUUUCAGCGUUUUCACCAUUCUGAUGCCUGGAACCAGCAACUCUAUCCCUCUGUGGACUUGGAGAGCAGGAUGUCACUGGCUUCAAACACACGUUUGAUUGUAUGUCAUGUUUUUUUCCAGGGUCUUGAAGCGCUAUGAUUGUCACCUCUGCAUACUGUGUGAUGUGGGCUGUAGACAGAAUGAUGGAUCGUGUUUCUUUUGAUCACACAAACUGAGGCUUGAUGUGAACAAAGGGGUCAUCUGAUAGAGAACCUGAAACAGCAGUUGAUUGAUUUUAAUCUGCAUAAUAUUUGGAGAGCAGAGCAUGUUUUACUGUGCAGGUACACAUGCUUUAAUUACAUUUCUGGUGAUGUUUCAGGUUUGUCAAGUCCUGCGUGGAUCCCAGGUUUCAUUGGGUCUUAAGUGUCACUCAGAUCAUCUCAUUUCCGAGCAGUGACCUAAAUGGGUCGGGAUGUUGACCAAACAGAGCAGUACAUUUGGCCUCUCCGCAUGUUUGGAUCGCUCACAACGAGGUCAGACUCGUUCAGCUCUGUCAACCGCACUUCCUCAUCUUGCAUCUCAGAAACAGCUGCAAUCAAAUAAACAGAGUGUUGUGAGGUUUACUUCACACACAUUUGGGGCUUUUGCUCUUUUGCUCUCUAUCAGCAGGGAUCAGGCCAAAGAGAGUGUUGUUUGAGGACAGUAUUUUUAGAUAGUCAGAGGAGGCAAACUGUUGUCUUUAUGCAUCACUGUGUUGUUUAGGAUUUGUCAAAGUUUCCGCUUCCAUGUUUUGCAGUUAUAAACAAAACAUGUUUUAGUAGCUUUUUGUCAGAAAAAUAAGAAUCUGAACUUCUUGAAACCUCCCAUCCUGUUUGACACCUGGUCUGUUGAUCUCCCGGGGUGUCACAAAGCAUGGCUUCCCUCAGAGAUAAAUAUGCAUAUACAGUAUUUUACUGUACUAUAGAUGGCAUAUCCUCAUACAUCAUGUUUUUCCACACUCACUCUGUACUUCUUAAAGCUCAUGUGCAAAGUUUUUGACUGGUCUCAAGAUGGGUUUGAUGAACAGUGAUGCCUCACAAAAGCAUUCAUUUUUGUUUAUAUUCAUAUAUCAGACUGCUUUGCCACCAAGGGAUGCAAAAAAAUGCAAAAAUUCUAUCCUAAUUUUUUGGGAUUUUUCACAUACUUAGGGUUUGACAUUGUAACAGAAUCAAUGCUUUGCAACCCUAGCAUGAGGCCACAGAAAAAAGGCUGCAAAGACAUUUUCAUUUCCUCAUGAUAAUAAACUGAUCGGAGGGUUUAGCUUCAUUGUGAGGCCAACAUUAAUGUAAAAUUAUUAGCUAGUUGGAUUACAGCAACAUCCACACUGACUGUCAUGGGCCGCUGACAGUCACGUCUAUCAGUCACUAUCAUUGAAAAGAAGAGAACUAUUAAAGAAGAAAAAGGACACAGUAGAAGUUUUGGAUUUUUAAAAUUCAGCAAUUCUCUCCGUUCACUGACAGAUGGACCUAGAUUGACUCUUUCCUGAGCUCGCUCUGCUGUAAGUGCAGCACUCUCCAGAGGAAAAGUCUCCCCCUCCUGCUCCCUUUAACUGGCUCGCAUACAUCUUCUCAAAACUUUGCAGUGGUAAAUGUAAAUAUGUUCUCAUAUGGUCUGUAUGCUGGGAAUAACAUUAGCAGAAUUUGACUUGAGGGCAUUUCUGACAAGCAUUUAUGUUAACUUUAUAGAGAUUGCUGGUGGUCUAGUUCAUUUUUGUAGGCUGUACAGAGGCAUCAGUUUUCAAUUGAGACCGCCUUAUAACCGGGCAAAAACUCAGCAGGUUUUUGUCCUUUUGAAACAAUUUGUCCUGCUGAAAUACAGAUUCUACCAUCAUCACUUCUAAAAUAUGACCAUUGGCUGAUUUUCUAGUGAAUUACCAUCCAAUAGAUUAAUCAUAGCUUCAGAUUAAUGAAAUUUGACAGGAAAUUUUGAGAUCAGUGAGUGAUUGUGAAGAAUUAUUAACAGAGAAAUGGCAGUCCUAAUUUUUCAGAAAAUUCAUCCAACAAAAAAAGCUUUGAAACAUUAAGUUUGAAGAGCCAGAGACAGCACUUACUCUGAAAUUAGUUGAUUAAUGUUACCGGAACAGAUCUAGAAAAAUGUGGCCACAAUAUGUAACAGCACUCUGUUAUUGUCUGCUUUUUCCACCCAACGGUCAAACCCAUCUCUCCUAGCUUAUAGUAUCACAUUGUUUUUCCACCGUCACAUCUCACCCGUUUGACCCCUACCUUCCAAAUAGAAAACACCUGAAGAAUAAGCUCCUCUAUUCAAUUGUCCCAAGUGGAAAAAAAGCGCCUGAACGCGCAUGGAUAAAAUGUCUGUUUUCCAACUGCUUUGACAACUCUUCCGCUGAUACCUCCCUUCGUGCAACAACGUGGCCAUUGGUUUGUCCAUGCAUUAGUGACAUUACCGGCCAUCCUAUCCUUUCCCUUAAUUAUUAACAGCAUUCUCCGAUCAGAGUUUAUUGUUUAUUGCCUGGCGGCCCUUAAGCCACUGGCAGAGAUGCUGAUGUUGGCGUCAAACAAGUGUUUGCUGAUCUUCAGAUAGUGUCACAUCUACAACACUGAGCGACCGCCCUGGAUACCUGACUGCUCGAGCCGGUGCCUGCGGAGUGUCACUGUGCAGUGAAGUGGUGUCAGUGAGCACUAGGAGAGUAGCUUCAGGUUAAGGUUAGUAUGUUUUCUGCUGGAUUAUCAAUCAUUUCCUCUCAAAUUUAUAGCUUGUGCGCUGCUUCUGCUUGUUUUAAUCCCUUUGGAGCUUGUACAAAAUUAUUUCUUUUUUUUAUGUAAGUGAGUGGAGGAGCUGAGUAACGUUUUUAAAUGAAAGGAAAGCUGUGUUCUGUUGACGGCCCUUGUUGGCAGAUGUUUUGGCAGCAUUUUAGCUGAUUUCUGAUCAGUUGUGGCCUCUUACGGUUAGGCAUGACUAAUAUUCCCAGCUCAUGACCCUACUAUAUGUUGUCAUUGUUGAUUUCUGCACUUUUUUUUUAAAACCUCUUCUAUUUUUUUCUGCUCCAGCUUGUCUUGAAAAUGUUACACUGUGGACUGGAGGACUAAUACUUUAGUUCAACACUUGUCUUAUUCAGCCACUAAAACGUGAAAAGCUAUAACUGCUGGUAAAAGUAAUGUGUCAGUCCGUUGAUAACCUCUGAAGCAUUUACCUCCAUGCAGGAAACCUGAGAGUAUUUUAACAUGUGAGUGGACAUGUAUUUACACUAUAGUGUUCUGUGUAUAAUGUACAGCCGCUGUAUACAUUCCAUGUUGAAAUUUAUCACCCAGAACGUGAAGGUUUCACAUGGAAACAGGUUGUUUUAAUGAUGGAUUUCAGUGUGCAGAAUUACAAGACAUGUUUUUUAAAUACACAUGCUGUUCCGAAAUACUUCAACCCUCUUAUGGCUCGACCCACAGGGACCACAGAUUACUGGUGCUGCAUGUCCGACAAUGAGAGUAGCUGUUUCUUAACUCUUGGCUCUUAAUCUGUAGUGAUCGGGCUCUUUGUGGUCUUGAUAGAGGGGGAGUGGAUCCAGGCCAAAACAGGGCUAGGCUAUCUAUAUUUGCGUGGCAAUCCUGAUGGGGUGCUGAUGAAAACCAAAUGCUCUUCGGCCACUGGGACUAAUUAAACACAUACACACACACACACUCACACACACACACACACACACACACACACACACACACACACACACACACACACACACACACACACACACACACACACACACACACACAAGGACCGGUUCAUCAUAGCUUUUAGGACAUUGAACUGUUACGAGAAGGGUCACUAAGGAAUCAGGCUCCCCCCUUCCUCUUUUCCCAGCCCAGUUGUUUAUCUAUUUAUGGAUUGCACAACUUCGGGGAAGUUUAUUCCUCCACCCGAGCAGUGUCACAGCAUAUUUCGUGCUGGUUGACAUCAAAGUGCCGUGCGAAAGGAAAUGGCAAAGACCACCUCAUGGACACAAAGCACAACAGCAUGCAGGAGCAUAUUAGUGCUGCCUUUGAUGUUUUGGUUGCUAAUAAUGUCCUUGGAGAGCAGAAUUUGAUAUGCAUUCUGCAUGGAGUGCAUUAGGACAACACAGGUUCAUUAAAGGGGAUCUAAAUGUUUCCAUACAUGCUACAUCCUCCCUGGAGUGGUGUGAAAGGCUGCCAAUUAUUCAAGGUUCUCACUAUCCCAUGCAUUUGUUUGAUUCUUUUGUCACUCAGGAGACCUUUAAAAGUGAAGUACAAUAUAUUUCAUCCAAGCACUCAACAUAAUUUCAUUAGGAUUGUUUAUUUAACUCCUUUUUUCAUGGACUGAUGAUAUAUUUCUCCUGCGUGAUGUUUAUUUUUCACAAGAAAAAAAUACAAACUUCCUCUUAGGGCCAUGCUGAACCUAAUAUGAACAAACUAAAUGUAUUUAUAGAUGGAAGGUCUGUCUCAGAUGGAAUCACCUUCAUUACCCCCAACACUGUGUCUUUGUCAGAAAAUUAGGAGAAAUGCCCAUUCGCAAGUUUUUCCAUUACAACAAUAGAAAUCCAAAUUGAUUUCACUUUGCAUGUUUUUUUAAAUAAAGUAUGACCUUUCAGAAUAACCGCAGUUUAUCUUUGUGAGGCUGUAUGUUUUUUUCCAAUAAUCUGAUGGCAAUCAGAUCCUCUUCCACAGUGAUGCUAAAUUUUGGCAGCUGUCAUAAAAAUAGUUGUGGUGGCAAAUUCUCCUAAUGACAUGAAAUGUGUUAACUCUGCAAACAAAGUGUCUUUCAAUGGUUUUUUGUGUGAUUUGCUGUGUCCCAAAAACUUUCUAUAUUUUUUUUUAUCUGUGAAGGGAACAUUUUUCUCUCCAAUAUCAUAUCGUUAACACUUUCGGUAAUCUUUGUAUUUACAGACAACCAGUGUGAAUCAGCCCAUCGAACUGAUCCGUCCAGAAGAGGAGGAGGUUAAGGUGAAGUCACAGAGCAGCAGGGACGAUUACUACCGCUACCUUGGUGACACAUGCAGGGACAGCCACAGCACUGACACACUCAUGGACAACUUGAAGGUCAACAGUUGUUUAUCUUGUUUUCCAUGAUUUACAAUUUCCUGUGGUAACCCAAAACAACUGGGUCAUGCCUCUCCUUGUUUUCCAAAUUAGCAACCCGAGAGUGAGGAGUGCCCACAGGCAAGAUACCCUCAGCCUCCUGACCCUCCUGUAUCCUCUGCUUCGGCCAAGCCUCAACAGAAAGCCAGCGUCAACAGAAUGGAACAAGUUCAAAUUGCUACAUCUGGUAAAAAGAGUUUUUAUGUUAUCUCAUACAGCUCUCUUUUAGCAGAACAAAGCAACAAACUGCCCCACAGAAAAUAUGACUCUGAUUUAUAUUACAGUUAUUAAAGGUUUCAAUCAGCCCAAGGGCACUGCGAGUAAGGUAACCAUCCCUGCAGAUAAGACGCCUGAUGCAAAUCUCCUGGCUGAAAGAAAACUUCUUGGCGAUAUGAAGUCCAUAAAAUCCUUGAAACAAUCAGGCUUAUCAGGAGUCUUCACUGGACAAGCAGUAAGCAUAUUUUCUGUUUUGGGUAUCCUCCGACAUAUGCGCUUCUUUUCUCAAGCUUAAAUAUGUUUUUGCAGAGUAAGAUGGUGGUCUUGCCUACUGAGGAGGCUAAUCUGUCAGAUAUCGAUUACCUGGUGCCCACGCACGACGAGAGAGGCCGUCCCAUUGCUGAGUGGAAGAGGCAGGUGAUGGUGAGACAGCUGCAGGCCAGACUGCUGGAUGAGGAGGCUCAGAGGAGGAAGGUAAUGUCUUUACAAAGAUUAGACAUGAAUUUUAUUAAUGUUGUUUAAAUCCUAAAUGACAUCCAGUGAUAACAGAUGUAGCUUAGGCACACUGAUAGCUUGUACCAGCAACAGAUUUUAUAGUUAUUUAUUUUUGAAAAUAAUAGGAGUAGUUUGGAUUAAAUCAAAAACUAUAGAGUGUUGACACAUUGUUAUGACAUUGUUACUUAUGGUAAAUAAACACUAGUCACAGUAAAUAGUAACUUGUAUGAACUGUAGGUCAGAACCAGUGUUGAUAUUUUGAUGAUACUUAUUUUUAAUGCCCCUACUUUUUUAUCAGUUUCUUCGUUUUGUUUUUAUUCCUUCUGAUCCAUGCUGCCAACAGCCUUUGGUGAAUGUAUUACUGUUCAUUUUCAGGUUGUCUGUCCAUCCAUCCUACCCACUUUACUCAGCCAGUAUCUGAGGAACCCCUAAAAUAAAUAUCUCUUAGUUGAGAAACACUCACUUAGAGUCUGGGAUGACCUCAUGAGGAGAUGGCAGUCACAGUGAUAUCUCAAAAUAAAUUGGGUUUGGUCAGACCUCAAAGUUCAUAUCUUGGGGCAACACUAGCCUAGAUGACUGGGCAAAUUUACAGGCUGCCUGGGUUUGAUUCCACUCUGUGGCCCCUUUCCUGCAUAGCAUCUCCUGUUCUCUCUCUCCCCUGUUUUCUAUUCUUUCUACUGUCCUUUUUCUAUUAAACCCAACAAUAAUUCUUUAAAAACAACUUCAUAAGACACAGUUUGCAGGAUGUGUGAAACACUUGUUACUUAUUAUUCCAGAACAUCAGAGGGAAAUGCAAAAGGUUGGUUUUAGCUUCAAAGGGGACAGACUAGAUGACAUCAGUCAGAGGUCAUUGUUACCGUGUCAUCAAUCCAGUUUUCAGAGAUGGAAUGAGAUGCAUGUGAUGAGUUAGAUGAGAGACGAUUAGAUGAGAUUAGAGAAGAAAAAAAGCACAGGUAAGAUGAGGUAAGAUUAAUUAAGAUAAAGAAGACAAAUAAGAUAAGAGAAGUUUACAUUAGAGAAGAGGAGCUGAGAUGAGAUGAAUAAGAGAAAUGAGAAGAGAGGGCUACCUUACGUAGAUUAAAUGAAAGAAGAGGAGCUGAUGUGAGAUAAAUAAGAUAAAUGAGAUGAAAGAAGAUUAGAUAAGACUAAAGAAGAAAAGAAGAGGAGCUGAGAUGAGAUAAAAUGAGAUAAAUGAGACAAAUCAGAUGAAUGAAGGUUAGAUGAGAUUAUUGAAGAAAACGAAGAUGAGAUGAGAUGAGGCAAGACAAGAUGAGAUCAGACUGAAAUGAACAUUCAUGUUAUAGAAAAGCAAAUAAAACCACUGACAACAAGGCUGACAGUUUUUAUACUGUAAUUUUUAUUGCCUGUUACUGCUCUGAGGGGUCAGAUAAACUGAUAAACCAGACUUUGGUUCUGUUUACACAGCAAAUAUUCACACUGAGUGAUAAAUUUAACCAGAAAAAGACAACAAGAGGAGAUUUAUUGUCAAUUAAAACCACUUUCUCCAGGAUUAGAGAAAACGAACAGCAGUAAAAGGGUUACCACUUUGUCCACAGGGUGCUGUAAAACCAACUCAAAGGAGCUUUAAAUCUGUUGCUCUUACACUUACAUGUUCUGUAAUGCAUGCCAUAUUUGGGUGUCUAAAAAAAAAACUUAAAGCAUCGGUUAUACUAUCUUUUCAUUAUCUGAAAAAAUGAUGGCACCCAUGAUGGGUUAGAGAACAGUCUCCCCUCACCUUUGGGGUAAUUUCAUUUUUUUUUUUUUUUAAUUGGUUUGGAUUGGAUUGAUUCUUGGACACAUCUUGCUUUCUGAGAAGAAAAAGCUUUUGUGGGAAUGUUCACAGCCCAUACUUUGGCCAAGCUUUAUUUAGCUGCGAAUUAAGAUGCCCAAAUUUUCUAUUGUAUAAACUCCAUUGUUCCAGUUAUCAAAUCAAGAGUUUGGUUAAUUGGCAGAAGAGAAAUCAGCAACUCUCCUCAAAAUGAACUGAAGGUCUGCAGCACUGGAAAAGUCAGUUGCAUGUUUUAUAAUCUGCCUAAAUCCAAAUCGCCUUCUAUACUAAUGCUUAAUGAGCCUAACCAGACCACAGUGUGCAAUAUGAAAAUUAUGGUCAGGUUUUCUGACGCCAUUUCAUCAUCAUUUACUUACAUCGCAUCCAACAACUCACUACACAUAUAACACAUUGCUAGAGGAGUCAUAUUUUUGAGGUUUGGAUUACAGCUUUACUGUAUCAUUACUCUGCUUAUUACUUCUCUCACGCCCCAGCCACAUGAAAUUAAGAAAUACUGUUUAUAUAACAAUCUGUAUUUAUUUCUGCCUGCCCUUUUUAUCCUCUCUCACAGGAAAAUGGGAACAGAUAUGCCAAAGUCACCUGGAGGUACUCCCAAGCCCACAAUGCCAUCCUGGGGCCCUCAGGAGAGCUGCUAACUGAGAAUGACCUCAUCUAUCUGGAGCAGCAGAUUGCCAAUGUCUCCAUGCAGAGGAACUGUGAAGGCUACGAGCUAGAGCUCGCACGUCUGGCUGAGGAGCUGCGGCACAUCCUGCCAGCACCCAUAGUGAACAUCACAGUCAAUACGCAGUUCAGAAACUUCACAAGUCAAGUUCCACUACCCGUGUGGUGUGGCCGAAUCUCUGGCAUCGUAAAGAGCAUGUCUCUGCUCAUGACCAACCUUACGGACCAGCCCUACUGCAAGAUGCCCAACACAGACCUGGUCACAGUGUUCUCUCAGAUGCCAGAGAGACAGAACUCCAUCAGUGGGCGGAGGGAGAGGAUAGAGGAUGAAAUUCAUCAGUUUGGAGUCUCUGUUAUGACUCUGAAGUCUAAUUUUGAGACACAAAGCUUACCUUUGCCACAUGAGCCAAAGGAGGCUGUUGUCUUGAGUCCUUCCCCACAACUUGAGGCCAUUGAGUCUGACACACAGCCUAAAGUCUUGAGUCCUGCCCAAGAAACUGAUCAAAACAGCGACUCUGGCAUUGACAAUGAUGAAGUUGUUGCAGAUGUCCAAGAGACCACCAGCCUCAGAAAGGAGCGGAUAGUUGUGCUGUUUUUAGGCCACUGGAAGAAAUCUGCCUACACUGUGGCGCUAAAGAGCAAGGAUGCAGCAGAGAGGAAGAUGAGCAGUGGUGACUCAGUGACAGACAACAAAUCUGGGUCGGUCUGCAGUGGCAGCGAGGAGAGUGCUCAGUCAGAGAUGAUGAACAGCUCCCUGGGUCAUUUCUUCAAGCAGAGGAGUGCUGUCAACAAGAUGCUGGGAAACUGGAGGAGCAUGAUCUCCAGUGUACCGUCUAGACAGAUCCGCAGGUAGGAACAAAAAACUUGGAACAGCAGUUUUAUACAUCAGAAACUGAGCAAAACGAAUAUUGUGUUUUAUGGCUCUGAGUUGAUUCACUAAAACCCACUGUAAGCCUCUUUCACAUUAAGAUUCUGCACAUUGGUGCUGCGGUGUUUUCACAUUGCAUUACAGUGUUGCAGAGGUGCAAGAGGCAACACAGUGAGAGCGCAAAAUGAUCACAUACACAAACUCACAGACAGUGCAGGCCAUGAAAUGCUUUGAAAGUACAUAACAAAAUCUUCAUCACAUGCUAACUGGGUCUUUGGAAUCACUCCCAAAGACGCAGUCGGCAAGUAUGAAAUCAUUAAAAUAAGGAACAUGCCUCUUUCCUUGAGCUAUUGUUAAGAAUCUGGCAGCUGAAUUUGACAAUUUGAAGUCAUUUCAUUGAUUUUGUUUUUUUUCUUGUCACUGCCGUCCAAUUACCGGGAGAUAAAGGCAUGAAUGCUUUUUUAAAUGUCAUUAAAAACCAGCAUCAAUCUGUUCUGGCACUGGUUCAUAUUUAAGGUGCGCUUAAACACCUGACCACUAUUUAUAGACGCUGUGAUCUACCUUGUGCAAUUUGACUCUUUCACAACGUAAACUGAGACAGCAAGAAGAAAGAACAUAGUGGUGGGGUCAGUAUGAAGAGCACAGACCUAUAAAACAAACAGGUCAAGUCAACAAAAAAAAUAAACAGAAUUUAACCUUGCUUACAUUAUUGCAGUAUAUUGCAAUAAACUGUUAGUUAACACAUAAGCCAAAACUCAUAUGAUUCUGUUUUUUGUCAAAGAAAAGAGACAAACUUUCAGGAAAAUUAGCCCAGCUUUUUUGUUUGUCUCUAUGGAGCUUUGAGUCUCUUUUGCAGCAGCUCAUUGUUUUGGUUGUGUAGUUGCAUAACACCCACCAGUCCCCCUUUCAGCAUUGAAGCUUCCUUUGACAUUUUAACCCCACGUGAUUAGAAACCAACAGCAGCAAAUAGGUUAAGGAAAAAGUUGUACAUUUCUAUCUAGCAAGAAAGGUUCUAUCCAAACACUCUUAUUGCAUUUUGGGUGAAAGUUACAUAGCACAAACACAGAUCUGAAAGAAGUCAGCAUUAUACGUAUUACCUUCAUUCAAAUUGAAGUGAAUGCUUAUAUUUCCCCAUGACUUCUUAAUGUUCAAAAGGUGGUUACUUAUCAAAAACAUUUGCUAUGUGAACAUUUUUUGAAGUGUUUUUUGGGGCUUGAGCUGAUCCAAAAUAUAGCAAGCAAAAAAGUGUGUUGCCUCUCGUAUACAAAAAUUGUAUUGACACAGCAUUGAGGUUAAGUUUAUAAGAUAUUAAAGUAAUUAGGGGCAGACACACUUUACCUGUACACGGCCAGAGGCCUCAAUUCCACCAGUUUGCCUUUUGCUAGGUUGACCAAAGGUUGGGUUGAGUUAGUAUUGUCAAUAUGGUUGGACUGUUGUCAAUACACUUCAAAACUCCCCCUCAGAAACCAACAGGUGAUGUUACUGAGACUAUGUCUAUGAUUUAAGUCUGUGGUCUAUGGACAGUCUGUGGUCCAAACACUGGAUUUCUUAAAUUACAUUGUAAAACAAAUUUUGUAAAAAUCCAGGAAACAGGAGCAGACAGAAUUAAUUUUUGUUUCACUUACAUGCUCUCAUGAUUUUUCAUCUAACAGCAGUGAGAGACAGUUCAACAAUGAAGUAGAAGAGCAGGCCCUAAAACACAGUGUCAGAUGGAACAAGUCCAUAUCACGGUCUGGUCCAAUGUGGUCAGAGUGGAAAAUUGAAGGAAAUCUCCCUUUUUUUACUCUGAGAACUCCAGAUAUUGUGACCGUGUCCCAUUUGGUCUAGAAGUUUUUUUUAAAGAAAAGCAUUUAGUCACCCAUUUCUGAGUUUUUACAAAUAAGGUUUUUCCAAAGUCAGGAGUGGAUUUUGGCACUGUUAAGGCUUGUUAAACAUGAAUAACACACUGCCAGUGCAGUAAAAAGCACAAAUGACAGAGAAUCAGACCCUCUGCAUGCAAGUUAAGGUUCGCCUAACUUUAAUAGCUGAAUUAGAAGCUCCCUUCAGCUUCCUUAAAAACAUAUUAUUACACAAAGCAUGUGUUUGUUUCAGUUUUAUGAUGCAACUGGUGUUGAUGAAUCUCAGCUAACCAUUCAGUGUUUUCUGCAGACUUCACAGACAACAAGCUCUCUACUCUCCGGAGCAGUUCCUGCCUCGUUUGGAUGGGGUGCCUGUGGAGUAUGAUAACCUUACCCUGGAUCUCUUCAUGCUGGGGUACUUUCACAUCCUGGAGCUGGACCUGCCUGUGGACGAGCGCAAAAUGAGGCACCUGCUGUGUUUUGAGGUGUUUGACCACAUUGGGAGCUUUCCCUGGGAGCUGGUCAGGGACUUCCAUAAGGCCGUCAUGCAGGACAUCGAGGCAGGCAACCGUGAGUGGAAGGACGGUUUUGAGGACAUUAAAGUCAAGUUCUUUGGAAACACUGUGAGCCAGCCUGAAAGCAAUGCAGAAGUGGUGAAACAUAGCCUCCCGGAGAUUAGACAGGUUCCUAAAGUCAUUGUGCAGACUCCCACACCCGAUGAGGGGAUGCUCCACAGUGGAACCGAUAUUUCCAGUUUUAGUAACGAGGAAAUUUGUAAAUACAUCGAUCGCAGUUUUGCUUUUUGGAAAGAGAAAGAGGCAGAGAUUUUUGAUUUUGAGUAGUUGAUUGUGUCAUUUUUUUUUAUAUUUUUGUAUUGCUUGUAAAAACCCAAUUCUGAAAUAGUUGUGACACUGUGUUAAAUUUUGAUUUUGGUGUUUUGGUGUUUGACUUUGGUUUUUGGAGGUGAGUUUGAGCUCUGGAAGUGAUUUCCACAACAGAGUCAGGUCUAUUUUCUGAUACAGUGCCACCUGAGGGCCCAAGGAUCACAAAUAUACAGUAUUAGUUUUUGGUCUCCCCAAUGGACCCCAGCGGUUGGUAAAUGAUCCUAUAGUUGUUUUUAUUGUGGCAAAAAAAAACUUUUUUAGAGUUUGUCAUCCUCAUCCCAAAUUUUUCCAAUAUGUUGCUGAAAUUAAAUUUGAAAUGACAAUAUGUAUAUGUUUUUUUUUUAAAACAAUGAACAUUUUCAGUUUCAACAUUUCAUGUUUUUGCCGUAUUUUCAUUGAAGUAUGAGUUUAAACUAUUUGAAAAUCUGUUUUUGUCAACAUCUUAAACAGUUUUCCAACCUUUUCAGAAUUGGGGUUUUAGUUUGAUGGCAGAAACAGUUGCCGGGUGUCAAACCCAUACCAUGAAUGUUGUUUGAACUGUGACCUGAAUUCUUGUGUUUUUAAAACUAUCAAGUACCAAAACUAGCAUAAAUGCUCGGCCAGAUUGUAAACCUUGUUUACUUCAUUUAUUAGAUAUUUGAAUUAUGAAUUUGUAUAUUUUAUACUUCUUCCUGGUGUUAAACUGCAGUUAAUUUCAGAAGUUUGAACUCAAUGUUAAAGAAGAGUUAUAAAACACAUUUAUCAGAUGUUUAUGUUACUACUUAAGAAACUCAGGUUUAAAACCCUCUACAAAAAGUCCUACCAUACCCAAAACCAAUAUAGAAACCAGUGAUCCCAGAGUCACUCUUUCUCAGGGAUUGAACUUGUUUACUCUGAGAUAUUGACUUUUCAAAUUUAAUUAAAAUAAACCUGAUUGAAAAUGUUCCCAAAACAGAUCUGGGAGGAACAGAACGUUCUGGCUUUACUUAAAAAAAAAUGAAACACGGAUAGCUGUGUAAUCCAAAUCCUUGUGCAUCUGACUGUUUUGAAAAUCUUGUCUCACAUUACAGCCUCUUUUCAUUUCUCACCUUUUAAAAUCUUUUAAAUCCAUUUUCACAUUAAAAUAAACACACAAAUGGCCGGUUGAUGAUCCCAUUUGUAUUAUUUACUGUUAAGAAAAAAAUUAAAAAAACCCUCACUCAUCUCUAUAGUUUACUUCCAGGUCCAUAACAAAAUGCAAACUAUGUGUGUGUGUGUGUGUGUGUGUGUGUGUGUGUGCAAGAGCAGCUGUGGGUCCCAUGGUUGUUGUUUGGAAUCUGCCUUCAGCGAGGCGUCACUCUGCGCCCUAAAAAUAACCGAAAGACAAGCAGCCUGUCCCAGUGACUUGGCUGAAGUCUUUUCGCCAUGCUGCCCACUCUAUGUUGAUCGGCUACAAACAACUUUGUAACUGGAAGGAUGAUCCAUUAUUUCCAUUCUCUGCCUCUUCGGUGAGUGUGUUCUUGGUUACUUAGUAUUUGAUGAUAGGAAAAAGUCGUUAUUGUUGGCUUCAAAUGAGAUUACAGUGACUAUAACAGUGAAUCACUCUGAUCAAGAGCCAGAAGUACUUUGUACUCCUUGUUACAACACGGUG